GGGCUGGGGGUGGUGCGGGAAAGGGUGCGCGGUCCUCGGGGUGCGCCCGGCGACUCCCUGCCCUGGGACGCCCGGUGGGACGCGGAGAAGUGGGGCCCGGGCUCUGGCGAGCGUUCCAUAAACGAUCCGGGCCGCGCGCCCGCCUCCUGCCUACGCCGCCCCGGCCGGGCGGCCCGCCCUGCCCGGAUCCCGGCCCGGGAGCCCCGGCGCGCGCCCUCCGCUGGGCCUCGGACGCCCUCGCGCGGCCGCCCAGGGUGCGACCCGACGACCGUCCCCGCCCCGCCCCGCCCUGCGAUUGGCUCCCGAGCUGAGGCCUGGGCGCGCGACUGGCCGGCACCCGCGCCCCCGCCCCUCCCGCCCGCCAGGCCGCGCGCCACGGCCGGUGGGCCGACGCCGAGCCCCGAUGGCGGCGCCACGGCCCCGCGCCGAUGGGCCCUGCUGCUCCCAGCCCAGCGCGGCGGCUGGCGUGCGGCAGACGCUCGACGAGAUGGACUUCGAGAGGGGAAUCUGGUCGGCUGCCCUGAAUGGAGACCUGGGCCGAGUGAAGUAUUUAAUCCAGAAGGCAGCUGACCCCAGUCAGCCCGACUCGGCUGGCUAUACCGCGCUGCACUACGCCAGCCGCAAUGGGCACUACGCCGUGUGCCAGUUCCUGCUGGAAAGUGGGGCUAAGUGUGAUGCCCAGACCCACGGUGGGGCCACUGCUCUCCACCGGGCCAGCUACUGUGGCCACACUGACAUCGCACGGCUUCUGCUUUCUCAUGGGUCCAACCCCAGGUUGGUAGAUGAUGAUGGCAUGACCAGUCUGCAUAAGGCUGCUGAAAAGGGUCACGUGGACAUUUGCUCCCUCCUGUUGCAGCACAGCCCAGCCCUGAAGGCCGUCCGGGAUCGGAAGGCACGACUAGCAUGUGACCUGCUGCCCUGCAACAGUGACCUGUGGGACCUGCUGGCCAGCUGAAUCCCUCCCUUCUGUCUCAAGCUGCCAUUCAAGGGACACAGACUAGCUGUCCAAGCCCCCAUGUUGGUCGGCGUCCAUGCUACAGGGUGGGAAACUGAGGCCAGAAGACCCAGGAAGAGCCCCAUUCUGGCCACUGUGGAAGCGAGGGAAUGGAUAUGGUGGGGCCGCACGGCCUAAGCCUGGACAAGUGAUCGUAUUCCAAAUUAGUUCAUAUGGAAACAUCUAUCCAUUUGGAAAAAAUAAAGUUAUAUAUCCUCACCUCA